GAGCGCCCCGACUUCGACUGCUGCUCCACCCCCUCUCUCUCUCAAGGCCGUGUGGACACACACACACACACAGGUGUACACACACACAGGUGUACACACACGCAGGUGUACACACACACAGGUGUACACACACAGGUAUACACACACACACACACAAGUGUACACACACGUGUACACAAACACAGGUACACACAGGUGUACACACACAGGUGUACACACACAGGUGUACACACACACACAGGUGUACACACACACACACAGGUGUACACACACACACAGGUGUACACAUACACACACAGGUGUACACACACAGGUGUACACACAGGCGUACACACACAGAGGUACACACACACACAGGUGUACACACACACACAGGUGUACACACACACACACACGUGUACACACACACACACAGGUGUACACACACACAGGUGUACACACACACAGGUACACACACAGGUACACACACAGGUGUACACACACAGGUACACACACAGGUACACACACAGGUGUACACACACACAGGUACACACACAGGUACACACACACAGGUGUACACACACACAGGUGUACACACACACAGGUACACACACACAGGUGUACACACACAGGUGUACACACACAGGUACACACACAGGUGUACACACACACACAGGUACACACACCGGUACACACACAGGUGUACACACACAAGUGUAUACACAGGUGCCUAUAAAUAUACAAGUGUACACACACGUGUACAUACAUAUACAGGUGUGUACACACAGCUUUAGACAUAGCUGUACACACACACGUGUACACACGCAUAUAUGUAGGUACACGCACAACACUCAUACAUACAUCGCCUGCACAUAUACACAUACGUGAAUCUACUAAUUAAUACAUAUACACAAUACACACACAAUACACACACAAUACACACACAUAGCACGUAUACACGCGCUCAAAAAUAAAAACACACACACGUAAUACACCGCACGUACACACAUAUCACUUACACCGUUUUCAACAAAGACAAAAACACAACUAUCAUCUACACACAAAGACCUACACACAAACACAUAUAUAUAUAUACAUAACAAAGACAUACACACACACAGACCUACACACAAAUAUCACCUACACACACAUAUAUAACACACACACAGACCUACACACACAUAUAUAUACAAAAACAUAUACACACACAGACCUAUACACAAAUAUCACCUACACACAAACACAUAUACAUUCAUACACACACACACAUCGCUUGUACACACACACACAUAUAUACCCACAUACACAUACACACAUAUACUUACAUACACACACAUAUAUCCACAUACAAAUAUCACCUACAAACACAUAUCCAAUCAUACACACACGUAUUACCUGCACACAACACUCGCAUUAUCAUCAUCAUCAUCACUUACCGUGUUUCUUUUUCUGUAACCCUGAUUAGAGCUUCAUGAACUUCACCGACGAACGAACCCAGCGUUGUUAAUUAGUAGCUGCGGUACACGUGGUACACAAGGGACGGAUUGUACGUAUAUGUAGUAUAUUAUGUAGUAUAUUACGUAGUAUAUUAUGUAGUAUAUUAUGUAGUAUAUAUGUGAGCACGUCUCCCUAAUAUAUAUCGGCCAGACUCUAGCAGCUUGGCGACACACAACAGCGGAAACCAAACCACGGUCGUUGGUUCGUUCGUCGAUUUCGUUCAUUCAUUCAUUCGUUUCUAUAGUUCAAUUGUUCGUUCAACGGUUUGUUCAGCCGUUCGAUUGUUCGUUCGUUGCGUCGUUCAUUGGUUCGCUAAAUCGUUCAUUCGUUCAACGGUUUGUUCAGCCGUUCGAUUGUUCGUUCGUUGCGUCGUUCAUUGGUUCGCUAAAUCGUUCAUUCGUUCAACGGUUUGUUCAGCCGUACGAUUGUUCGUUCAUUGCGUCGUUCAUUGGUUCGCUAAAUCGUUCAUUCGUUCAACGGUUUGUCCAGCCGUACGAUUGUUCGUUCAUUGCGUCGUUCAUUGGUUCGCUAAAUCGUUCAUUCGUUCAACGGUUUGUUCAGCCGUUCGAUUGCUCGUUCAUUGCCUCGUUCAUUGGUUCGCUAAAUCGUUCAUUCCUUCAACGGUUUGUUCAGCCGUUCGAUUGUUCGUUCAUUGCCUCGUUCAUUGGUUCGCUAAAUCGUUCAUUCGUUCAACGGUUUAUUCAGCCGUUCGAUUGUUCGUUCGUUGCGUCGUUCAUUGGUUCGCUAAAUCGUCCAUUCGUUCAACGGUUUGUUCAGCCGUUCGAUUGUUCGUUCAUUGCGUCGUUCAUUGGUUCGCUCAAUCGUUCAUUCGUUCAACGGUUUGUUCAGCCGCUCGAGUGUUCGUUCAUUGCGUCGUUCAUUGCUUCGCUAAAUCGUGAAUUCGUUCAACGGUUUGUUCAGCCGUGCAAGCGUUUGCUUAUUCGUUUCGUCAGUUCGUUAAUUCGUUCGCUCACUCGUUCAUUCGUGAAAUAGCUCGUCCAUUCAAUCAUCAAAUUGGUUACUCGUUGCUUCGUUUGAACAAGAAAUCUGCUCGUCCGUUCAUUCAAUCGGCUCAUACAUUCAACAGGCCGUUCGUUCAGUCGUCAAUUCGAGACAUGAGCAGCCCAGACACUGGGUACGCGAGCGACGAACACGCGUGCCUGCACAGUCACGCACGCGCACAGCCACACGCGCACAGUCGGACACACACGGACGCUCACGGCCACACGCAGACGCACGGUCACACGCGCGCUCACAGUCAGACACAGGCGCACGGUCACACGCGCGCUCACAGUCAGACACAGGCGCACUGGUCACACACACGCUCACAGUCAGACACACGCGGAGAGUGGCUCACAAACCGCUCGGCAGCCGCGUCCGCAGUUGGCGAUGAGUUCCUUCAACGCCCCGUCCUGGAUGGACUCGCAUCAACCGCAGGACAUGACCGUAUCAACCACAGCCGCCACCACUACCACCAGCACCAACAACAGCAACAACACAACAACCAACAUCAGCAGCAGCAGCAGCAAGGGCGGCUGCGGCGCCAAACUACGAAAGUUCCAAAAUGGAAAAGUUGGCGACAUCGAAGAAGAGGAGGUUGGGGUUGUGGUGGAGGACAUGGAGGAGGACAUUGAAGAAGACGUUGAUGAUGUGGAGGAGGGUGACGAUGAUGAUGAUGAUGUUGUUGGCGGCGGCGGCGGUGACGAUGGGCACGUGGUGGCGGCGAUGAGUCACACGGAACACGCGCUCGGUGGCAGCGUGGCGACCGGCAACUUGGGAUCGACUUUUCUCACAGCGCAGCAUCUUCACCAUCACCAACAACAGCAGCAGCAGCAUCAUCAUCAUCUUCAACAGCAUAGUCUUCAUCAUCAUCAGCUUCAGCAGCAGCAGCAGCAGCAGCUGGGACCUGUCGGGGUUGCGACGCCACUGACGACCGGCGGCGUCGUCGUCGUCACGGCUGGAGCCGGGCCCGGCGCGCGUAGCAAACCGGUGCAGGAGCCGCGCAUCAGGAGGCCCAUGAACGCGUUCAUGGUGUGGGCCAAGGACGAGAGGAAGAGAUUGGCGCAGCAGAACCCGGACCUGCACAACGCGGAGCUGAGCAAGAUCCUCGGCAAGUCCUGGAAGGCUCUGAGUCACUCGGAGAAAAGGCCAUUCGUGGAGGAAGCUGAGCGCCUACGAGUCCAACACAUGCAGGACCACCCCAACUACAAGUACAGGCCUCGCAGGCGCAAGCAGCUCAAGAGGCUGGGCAAACGGGUGGACUCGACUCUUCUGCUCCAUCAUCAUCACCACCACCACCAGCAACAACAUCAGCAGCAGCAGCAUCACCAAGAGUUGUCUCAACAGCAGCAGCAGCAGCAGUUGCAUCAUCAGCAUCAGCAACACCAUCAUCAGCAGUUGCAGCAUCAGCAGCAGCAUCAGCAUCAUCCUCUGCUGUCCGCGGUGGAUCCGGUUCACGUUGUUUGCCGUCCGCCGGAAACGGCGCUUAGAGACCUGAGCGUUGUCGCCGGGGGACAUUUUCAAAACCACUACCACCAACUCUACCACCACCAUCAUCAUCAACAGCACCACCAGCAUCAACAACAGCAGCAGCAGCACUACCAACAUCAGCCGCACCUUCAAGGAGUUCAUCACAACAACCUUCCUCAUCAUCAGCAGCAACAGCAGCAGCUCUUGCAGAGCCACCACCACCAUCAACAACAACAACAACAUCAUCAUCACCAUCAUCACCAGCAGCAGCAGCAGAGCCUGGUGAGUGAUGCCGCGUUCGGGCUCCCGACGCCGGAAAUGUCUCCGCUGGACGUCCUCGGCGACACCGACGCCCCGAACUUUGCGCAGUCGUCGCCCAUGACGCAGGAGGUCGUUCAGGGCCCCUUCCUGGUGGCGAACGCGUCGGGCGAAGGAGGCGCGGAGGACGAGGCGAUGAGUCCGCACGUCGUGGGCACAUACCCGUCGCACCACCACCACCACCACCACCACCUACUCCUCCAACAGCAACAACAACAGCAACAACAACAGCAGCAGCAGCAGCACCACCAUCAUCAUCUC